AGUGAAAGCAAAGAAUCAAAACAAAGUGGGUCAAAAUCAGAAAAUUUUUCUCAUUUUUCAUCGCGAAAAUUAAUCAUUUUCCCCCAUCUGUUUGAUUAAUUGGACACAAUAGGUGUUUCAGAGAAGUUCCCAAUUACUUUUCUAUUAGGAAAAAUCUGUAAGAAGGAGAAUUUUUUGGGUAAAAAGAUUCCACUGGAGGAUCAGAAAAAAGGACUGGAGAGCGAGGAAAUGGAGCCCUACGCAGCAUACCUGGUCAGACCUGAUGGUGAGAGUAGUCCGCACGAGCAGUUUGUGAAUUUGCCAGUUGGCUUCCAAUGGCCAGGACCUCCGGAGCACACUGAAGGAAGUCCCAUUGUGGUGCAAGAUGAAGGAUAUACGCUGAUGGAUCUCACGGAUCCCAAUGAUUCAGCCCAGGAAUUGAUUCUCAGUGAAGAUCAACCGAAUUUGCUAAUUGUAAAGCGAGAAGUGCACGAAAGUACGUACCUGAGGCAGGAGAAGGUGUUACCAUCAAUAAGGCGUGUAAAGCAGGAGGACAAGAGGAAGCGCACGAAAACAGGCCUGAUAUACACGUGCACGGAAUGCAAUAAAAAGUUCCAGUACUUGGCGAGUUUGCAGAUCCACAAACGCUUCCAUUCGGGUGAGAAGUUGACGCAGUGUGAUGAAUGUGGGAAGCGCUUUGCCACGCAGUAUGCCCUGAAGAGGCACAUCCGGACACAUGAGAAGCCCGAGACGAAUGUUUGUGGUACUUGUGGGGCUGCCUUUGCGGAUAAAGGGGAUUUUGAGCGACACAUGCGGUACCAUGCAACUGGGGAGCCAGCUUACAAAUGCAAGGAAUGCGAUGACACCUUUGACACGUAUGGUGCCAUAAAGGCGCACAGAUCGAAGAAGCAUCGACAACAUUGGCUCUGUCGGCACUGCUAUGCAAAAUUCCCCACGGAGAAGCUCUACCAGGAGCACAGGGUCAUCCAUGAGACGUACAACUGCCCACAGUGUCACAUGAAGUUCAUCACGCAAGAAAUGCUGGACAUGCACAUGGAGGAAGCUGGGGAACAUCAACCACCGCCAAAUUCCGUCCCACCACCCAUUCGGAUCUCCAAGGAUUCAUCCGUGUACGAAUGCGACAACUGCGGGAAGCGCUUCACACGUCGCGACUGCCUCCUUGAGCACUACAGACUUCACACGGGGGUGGGUCUGGUGGCGUGUGAGCAGUGCCCCAUGAAAUUCACAACGUACGCCCGCCUGAGGAAACACAUGGCACGACAUGCAGAAAAGAGAAGCUACCCGUGUCCACAGUGUGAUAAAAUCUUCAGCACUGAGCGCUACCUUAACAUUCACGUGAUGAAGCACACCGGGGAACAACUUCCAUACCCCUGUCAGCUGUGCAACAAACAAUUCCUCCGUAGCAAUUCCCUCCGGAAUCAUAUGUUUAGCCACCUGAAGCGUUUCCCGUGCUCCCGAUGCUCGGCUAUAUUCACGUCAGAUCGUCAGUUGAAGAAGCAUCGACGUACGCACAAGAAUAUCUGCAGUAUCUGCACCACAACCUUCGAGACUUUUGAACUCCUCCAUAUGCAUUUCACAGAGUACCAUCCGGAAAGUAGUCCUCCGGAGGUACCAGCUGAAAAUCUCGACGGUGUCCCCGUAAUGGAGGGUUUCGAUGUGGAUGCCCUCCUCACGGAAGGUGCUGCCAUUGAUGCCUCCACGAGGGAAGCUCUCCUCCAGCUACAGCCACAGUACACGUGUGAGGUGUGCGAGAAGAAAUUCACACGAGCAACAGACCUCCGGAUCCAUAUGUGUACGCACGCGAGGAGUUUUCCAUGUUCACGCUGCUUCCAAACCUUCACAUCAGAGCGGAAGCUGAAGAAGCACCGGAAGACACAACACAAGAAUGUCUGCAAUUACUGUGGGGUUAAAUUUGAACUGCAGCACUUCCUGGAGAAUCACUACAAGCAGCAGCAUCCAGACUCAAGGGAGGCACGAGGGGAACCACCGCUGGAAGAGGAGACACCUCCGGUUGUGGUAACGGCAAAGAAACUUCCGGAGAAAGAAACUGCAGAACCGAGGAUUUAUCCUUGCCAUUUAUGCCCCAAGGAGUUUUCUCGUGGACCAGACCUCAGGAUUCAUCUGUGUACGCACAUGAAGAACUUCAAGUGCUCCCAAUGCUCACAGAUUUUUACGUCACAGCGAAAGCUAAAGAAGCACCGGAAGCUCCAUAAAAAUAUUUGUCCACUCUGUGAGACAAAAUUCGACACACAGAUGGAUUUGAAGCAGCAUUUUGAGGAGCUUCAUCCAACAAGCAAAGAACAUAACUGGGAUGCAGCGAAACAGCAGCAGGAAGACGUAGCAGAUGAACAGAUUGAGGGAGAACAUCCACCACAGGAACACAGUGUCUCCUGUUUGCUGUGUGGUGAUGCAUUUUCUCGAAAUUCAGACCUCCGGAGUCACAUGAAGACGCAUGAGAGGAGUUUUGCAUGUCGUCAGUGUGAUGCAGUUUUGCCGACGCGGGAGGAACUGAAGGAACAUCGGAAGGUACAUCAAAUUAUUUGUGAGAUUUGCAGAGAAAGUCUCGAUUCAGUGGCAUUGGCGCAGUUGCACUACCUGGAGGAACAUCCUGACUGUGAAAUGCCGCAGUUUGUUGUACCAACAGCUGAGGAAUCUGGACUCACUGAUGAAGAAGCUUCAAGAGAUGCUGCUGCUUCUCCAACUACUGAAGACGCUCACAUUGAAGAAGAAGGACAAGAGAAUGAAGCCUCAGAUGGGGAAAUUUUACCUAUAGCAGCAGCUCCAAUUGAAGACGACAUUUCAAUUGAAAAUUCCUCCCUGAAUGUUCCUUCAAUUGUAAAGCAAGAACCUCGUGAAGAUUCAGAAGAAGAAAAAGAAGAUGUAAAAGUAAAAAUUCUCCUUCCCUUCGCUUGUGAGAUUUGUGGGAAGAGAUUUGCAAGGAAGGUGGCGCAUAAAAAUCACAUGUACAGCCAUGCAAAAAGUUUCCCCUGUACACGGUGCAAUGGCAUCUUCCCAUCGGAGCGGCAGCUGAAGAAGCACAGAAAGACUCACAAGACAACGUGUCGAUAUUGUGAGGUAAUUUGUGAUUCAAAGGAUGCCCUGAAGUUGCACUAUCGCAAUGAACAUCCCACUAGCAAGCAAGGACGCGUAAAAGUUCCCUUUGAGGAGGUUUUCAUUGAGGCAAACCCAUUCGUUGAGGAAGCCACGGAAGCUAAUCCCAUUGAGGAGGUAUUCACAGUUGGGGCACCGGUUGAGAGUGAUUUCUUUGGCACAGAAAUCCUGGGAGAUGAAUAAAAAUUCAUAAACUUCUUGUUGUUUGUCUGUGUUAACUGAUUGUACAAAAAAAAGAAAAUUAAAGAGAUAAUAGAUUGUUCAGAUC